CGCGUCCGCGAGGCGCUGGUGUGGAGCGCGCCGGGUCCCCGAGCCGGCGGCCUGAGGGAUGGACGAGACGAGCCCGCUAGUGUCCCCCGAGCGGGCCCAACCCCCGGAGUACACCUUCCCGUCGUGCUCCGGAGCUCACUUUCCGCAGGUACCGGGGGGCGCGGUCCGCGUGGCGGCGGCCGGCUGCGGCCCGUCUCCGCCGUGCUCGCCCGGCCACGACCGGGAGCGGCAGCCCCUGCUGGACCGGGCCCGGUGCGCGACGGCGCAGGGCCAGACACACACGGUGGCGGCGCAGGCCCAGGCUCUGGCUGCCCAGGCGGUCGCGGCGGCGCAUGCGGUUCAGACCCACCGCGAGCGGAACGAGUUCCCGGAGGACCCCGAGUUCGAGGUGGUGGUGCGGCAGGCCGAGGUGGCCAUCGAGUGCUGCAUCUAUCCCGAGCGCAUCUACCAGGGCUCCAGCGGAAGCUACUUCGUCAAGGACUCUCAGGGGAAGAUUGUUGCUGUCUUCAAACCCAAGAAUGAAGAGCCAUAUGGGCACCUUAAUCCUAAAUGGACCAAAUGGCUACAGAAGUUGUGUUGUCCAUGCUGCUUCGGCCGUGACUGCCUUGUCCUCAACCAGGGCUAUCUCUCAGAGGCAGGGGCUAGCCUGGUGGACCAGAAACUGGAGCUCAACAUUGUACCCCGUACAAAGGUAGUAUAUCUUGCCAGUGAAACCUUCAACUACAGUGCCAUUGACCGAGUAAAGUCCAGGGGCAAGCGACUUGCACUAGAGAAAGUGCCAAAAGUUGGGCAGCGGUUUAACCGCAUUGGACUACCACCAAAGGUCGGGUCAUUCCAGCUCUUUGUUGAAGGCUACAAAGAUGCAGACUAUUGGCUGCGGCGUUUUGAAGCAGAACCUCUCCCUGAGAACACUAACCGACAACUCCUACUGCAGUUUGAGCGGUUGGUGGUGCUGGACUACAUCAUCCGCAACACUGACCGAGGCAAUGACAAUUGGCUGAUCAAGUAUGACUGUCCAAUGGAUAGUUCCAGUUGUCGGGACACAGACUGGGUGGUGGUGAAGGAGCCUGUUAUCAAGGUGGCUGCCAUCGACAAUGGGCUGGCUUUCCCAUUGAAGCAUCCUGACUCCUGGAGGGCAUAUCCUUUUUACUGGGCCUGGUUGCCUCAGGCGAAAGUCCCAUUCUCUCAGGAGAUCAAAGAUUUGAUUCUUCCAAAGAUUUCAGACCCUAACUUCGUCAAGGAUUUGGAGGAGGACCUAUAUGAACUCUUCAAGAAAGAUCCUGGUUUUGACAGGGGCCAGUUCCAUAAGCAGAUUGCUGUCAUGAGAGGCCAGAUCCUAAAUUUGACCCAGGCCCUAAAAGACAAUAAGAGUCCCCUGCACCUUGUCCAGAUGCCACCCGUGAUUGUCGAGACGGCCCGUUCUCAUCAGCGGUCUGCAAGUGAAUCCUACACACAGAGCUUUCAGAGUCGGAAGCCCUUCUUUUCAUGGUGGUAGCCCUAGAAGCAAGCAGAAGAAAUCCUGCAGGUGACAGGCUGGGAGGAAGCCUGGAAACCCAGGUUCAAGGAAGCCAGAGAAGCUGGUACACAGCAGAGCCUUUCAGAGCCCUUCCUCUCUGCUUGCCGCCUCCCUCAGGGCUUUCCUACCCACAGGGAGAAGCACAAUCAGGUACAAGAGUGCUCCUGGACCUCCAGAGUGUUAGGAAGGCUGGUGUCCAGGCAAGGAGCCCAGGCUUGAGGAGGAGCAACUUCCUCCCAGUAUUUGGUGGCAGGUUGGGAAAGUCCCAUUUCCCUGACAGCCCUCUCCAUCCAGUUUCCUAUUAUAUUCUGCAUCAGAAAGAAACAAAAAACCCCAGCAGAAUAAAAUUUAAAUGCUGUAGGAAAACCCAGAUUAGACCCUCUCACAUCAGAACCCCUUAAUGUAGAAUCUAAAUUUGCUUAGACGCUCUGAUACUCCCAUGAACUGAGCUGUGUCAGAGGCCCAUCACUGGCCCACAGACAGAAGCCAUUCCUUUCUGGUUUUGCCAAACUGGUCCUUCUCUUGCCACACUGGUAUUGACAUGUGGCAAUGAGCAGGCUUUUGCUCUCUCAGAAUCUCUGCAUACAGUCUUUCUGUUCUCUGCCCUGCUGCAGCUUGCCCAGCACUCAGCUGAAGCAGGAGAGGCUAGCUUUGGCAGUUCUGUUCUGCUAGAAUGUGUAGCAUGUGGAGGUAACUGACUUAGCCUAAGUGUAUUCUGGGUGCUAGGAGUGCUCCAGGGGAGCCUGGCACAGCCUCAUUCCUGGGCCCUUAGUCUCCAUCCUUUCCUACAUGGUUUCUGUUGUUUCCACCAUUUUUCCCAAUUUUUAAAUGAGUUCAGUUUGGGUUCUGGGGUGGCUUUCAGCAGGGGUUGUGGGUCAGUCAGUUUACAAAGGGCGAGGACAGCAUCUUCUUGUGUUACCACUGCUGCCUGGAAAGCAAUAGGACCUGUGUUCUGCCUCCUAACUGGCAGUGCCCCUUGGCUCCCUGCCUUCUUGUCCUGGGCUGGUUUCUCCUCAGCUUCUUGGAGAGAGGCCUUCAAACAGUCCCCCAGUGCCUGCCCAGCUCAGUGUGCAUCUUCCUGCUUCCAGAUGCUUCCAUGUGUCUUCUCCUUUGCCAGGUGUUUGAACCCUUUCUACACCAAAGCAAAGAAUUAGCUUCAGGAGGGAGUAAAAAGGGGGACAUCUGUGGCUGAGUAGGCAGCAGUGUUCACACCCUGUGCUGUGGACCCUUGAGGGUUCUCACAAUCUACAAUUGGUCAGUCAGCCUUGGAAAGAAAUUGUCUUGAAGGCUUAAAAAAAACCAAAGAAAGGGAAUGAGGACCACAGACAGCUAUGUGUCUCACCAGCCUGCCUGGUUCCCACCAUCCAGGAGGCAGGGCAGAGGCACACAGCCCUCCCAUCAGCUGGAGCCGGCUGCUCCCCGUCCAUUCCAGCCCAGGAGCCAGCUUGCUAUGGGCUUCCACUCAGCCUACACAAAUUUCUGAGCACUGGAUAUGCAUGCCCUAUGGACAGAGGCCCUGUCUUUUGCCCCAUCCUGACAAUCCCAUCCAGCCCUUGGACUCUGGCCUCAGAAACCAUGUUUGGGAGAAUUCCUGCCUCCUCAUCACGGGAGCCAGCAGGGGUUCAGGUAUGUGACAUUCUUCACAGACAUCUUCUUACCAGCCUGUUGGUGAGAUGCCCUCACUGGGGUGCUGGAGAGGGCCAGCGGUGCCUGGAGAGAACCAAGGGCUUCACCAGGCUCUGUGUACUGUCCUGCUCCAUCCAGAUCAGCUCUGCCAUCAGAAGGAAAUUGGGUCCAAUGUAAGAGGCAGCCAGUGCCAGGCCUGGUGGGCAAGGGUGCAGGCGUCCUUCCCUGCCUCUCUCCCUUGAAGCCUGUACUCAGGUUGCCUUGAAUGUGGACUUUGGGAGUGCCGGGAGCCCAGAGUGUCAGGUACUUCCAGAACAGCCGUCCCUCUGCCAACCUUAGGCCCAUCCCCUAUAUCUAGGAAUGGAAGCUGGUUGGCGAGCGCUGCUGCCCCAAUUCUUCUAAUGCACUGUAGAAAUUGUAUGUAUUGUAUUUAAAUCAAUGCAAAUGUAUGAAUAACAAAUCCAGUUCUGAC